CCUGUUGCUAAGUGAAAUAUCACAUGAUUGCAACUGUUCUUAUGACAUUACUUCAACUUUCCUUUGCUUUAUAGAUUUGAGAAGGUCGUAAUUGAAGGCAUCAGUCAUUAGAUUACUUUUCAUCAUUGUUCCAACUGCAAAUGGUCACUGUCCAAGGGAGUUACUAAACAAGGAUUCCUGUAGACCACCGUGAUAUGGAUGCAAUGAGCAGUUUGCUUACUUGUCUUAACAACAAUUGAAAGUUCCUAUGGACUCUCAUUAUAAGAGUGCAAAUAUGAGUAAUCAGGGCAUAGGUUACCAUAGCCAGGUUGGACCAUUUGAAUAAAAGCUAAUUAGAAGGAGUUGUGUAAACAUGCACUUUGUCUCUACCUUCAUUGGAAAUCUGAGGACAGAAAAUGAUCAAAGAGAACUCCCAUUAUUGCAAUUGGAAGAGAAAUGCACUUGCUUGGAAUGAAAAUCACAUAAAAAACAUGAUACAACAUUUCACCAACGAGCAUCCAUCAGCAAAAGAUACAUGAAGACUUCUGGAAAUUGGAACUUUCUGACAAACAAGAAGUCAGAGGUCCAAGCAUAUAGAGAGAGAAAGAAAGAGAAACUAAAAUAGGUGUUUUGGAGAUUGUGCCAAGGUCCACGGUAAGAUUGUUGAAUUUCUUAGUAUUUGAGGUGCUGGUUGUUCUGAGAAUACAGGAAUGUUCUGGAUCUGAACCCUCAAUUAAUUGUAUUAUGGAUGGAUUAUACUUUUUAUAUUUUCUUCUGUAUGCUGGAAAAUGCCUUGGCCAUCGGUGCCAAAAAAAGCAUCAUUAAAAAUAUGAAGGUGUCUGUACUGCUGUGCAUGCAGUAUAGUGCAGUUCUCCUCCUCCUCCAAGUUCUUCUCAAGUUUGACAUCCUUCUUGCUGCCCCUUCAGUUGGACUCCAAGAGGAGAAGGGAUCUGGGCUUGAGACCAUCUCUGAAAAGAAGCUAGAUUUGCAGAAAGAAUUUAGCAUGAGCCUAAAACUCUCACGGCAACUUCUUCGCAAAACAAAGGCUCUUACAAGAUCUUACCUUUUGGUCCGUUUACCUGGAGUUGAGGUCCCUCUUAUUUCCCACUUGAGGCAUCUUCCCUCAAACAGCCUUGAUUUUCAGACAUGGAGCUCUCUUUCAGAUGCCAAACGAUUGUCGCAGAUAGCCAAGACCAUUUCAUUUUAUCACAAGUUAGUACAACAACUGACAAACUUUGAAGCAAUCAAAGAAAAUUCCAAAUUCUCCUCUCAGUUUGAAGGUAUCGAUAUUGACCUCCGAGAUCUUGGUUAUCAAGUGGACUACCAGAUUAAAUCUGGGGGCCUAUCAUCUGAUAUCCAGCCUAUAUCAACUCCUCAGAUCCUUCAACACCACAGGCAGUGGACGAACCGCCAAGAAGUAUAUAUUGUCCUUCGUUCUCUUGAAAGCUUCCUGCUUCGGGUUGCACGAGAUUUUUGGAUGCUCAGGAUGAGGAUGUCUAAAGUGGUUUCACCUUCCAAGAUUUUCUAAUCUUAACAUUUCCUCUUUUAA